UUAUUCCUCUCUCUCUCUCUCGCGCACGCGCUAAGGAUUUAAAAAAAAAAGAAGAAGGGGUUUUUUCCUUUUUUCCGCUGAAAUGGGUACGGUCGAAGCGAAGGUCGAGUCUUUGGCCGAUAAGGCGGCUGCGGCCCGAGCGCCGGGAGAGGGGAGCGUCGAUGGAGGAGGCGGGGCUCGUGCGGACCCGGGUUUUGUUCAAGGGAAGCGCGAGGACGGGGCUAGGGUUUCUGUUAAUGGGAAGGAUGGUCCCGGUGGCAAGGCCGUGGAAGCGGUGAAGCGUGGGGACGGGAAUGAGGACGUUUCGGGCGGUAGGGUUGGCGGGCUAGAAGAUUUCGAGAUGAAUGGAGUGUCGUCUUUGUUGAAAAUGAAGGGAAGUGGGAGAGUGGUCGAUAUCAAAGAUGCGUCGUUGGGAUCUUCGGUUGGGGUCGGUGAGGAUGUGGGGGCCGUUAAGGGUCCAUUGAACACACCUUCUUUGGCCGGUGGGGUGCCUGAUGGCGGAGGAAAAUUUCUCGCCCCCGAUGAAAAUGGUGCAACUCUAGCUGAUUCGGCAGAGGAUAUUGGGGAAAUCAGUGAGUUGACGAGCGAACCUGCCGAUGGAGACGGGGAGGAUGUUGGAGGAUGUCAGUAUUCUGUUGGGGACUUGGUGUGGGGUAAAGUGAAGAGCCAUCCGUGGUGGCCGGGGCAGAUUUAUGAUUCGUCAGAUGCCUCGGACUUUGCUGCAAAGCUCAGGACCAAGGGUAAGCUCCUUGUGUCGUACUUUGGUGAUGGAACAUUUGCCUGGUGUCACCCUACUCAGUUGAAGCCUUUCGAGGAGAAUUUCGAGGUAAUGACAAAGCAGAGUACUUCGAAGAAUUUUUUGAACGCUGUAGAGGCUGCGCUACACCAGAUAGGUAGAUUCGUGAAUAUGAGGAUGACUUGCUCUUGUGUGCCCAUGGAAAAGCGUUUAACUAGGCCCUUGGUAGGGAAUUCUGGCAUUAAGGAAGAAGUUUUUUUUUCUGAUGAUGGGAUCGAGAGGAUUUCCGUUGUUUGGACUGAACCCGGGAAGUUGCUUUCUCAUUUGAAGUUUUUGACGCAUCUUGCUUCUACAUCCAGUAUACUUGAGCUGACAGUGUUGAAGAAUUGGCUCUUAGCUUUUUAUAGAGCGAAAGGGUUCGAUCAGUUGCCUGGUUACCACGAAGCUGUGGAGAUACCAGGUCUUGAAGACCUGAGAGAAGAUGUUGCAAUGGUUGAUGGCAAAGUGGGGAUCCCAUUUCAGGGGCCAGUAAUGGAAGAAUGGCUUUCUUCCCCUACCGAAAAGGCUGUGUUGCAGAAAUGCUAUGGUGCAUCCACCAAUGGAGGGUACAAGAAACCGAAGCAGAAGAGCAUUGCUGAAAUUAUUGGUGGCAACCUGGAUACUCAGGCGGAUGUUAAUCAGGGGAAUAAAACCAAAGAAGGCGCAGGGUCAUCUGUGAAAGAGAAAAAAGUUACUGUUGAUGAAGCUGGCAUUGAUGAUAAGAGUUCUCCAAAACAUGACUUUGUGGAGUUCAAAAGGUCCGGUUCAAAUGUUGAGAUGGGUGGUGGCAACAGUGGCAGUCACAAGGAGGAAACUAAGAAGAGCAGAAGGAAGAGGACAAGAAUCUCAAGUCCUGAAAUUAUUGGGCCUCAGGACAAAGAGCAAUCCAAGCACUCUGUGAUAACAGAGGGAAAGGUGAAAGAAGGUUCUAACACAGAAGCUUCUGAUGGUGACUCUGAACAACUUGGGAAGGGCUUUUUGUUAAGGGAAAGGAAGAAGAGCAAAUACUUGUCUCCACCAUACAUGAAUAUAGGUAGGGGUCAGAAAAAGGGUGACAUUGAAGCUGAAUCCUUAAAAAUUUCCAGUAUCGUUAGAUUUGGAGAGAGGAUGGUCAAGGCUGCUGAUAACCUAAAGGGUUCAACUUCAAGUUUGAAGUCUGAGCACAGUAAAGGUCAGGAAAAAGAUGCAGAGGAAUCUGGAGCCGGACACGGGACCAGUGAAAAUAUUCCUGAAAGUCAAGGAGAAGAUGACAACAAGAUUGUUGAGCCAAUGAAAGUCAAGGCUUCUGCCAAUGAUGUCCUAUCUGAAGUUCGGGCUGUCGCUGUUGAUCCUGUACAUGCAAGGGAGAGCAAAUCCGAUGUUGUUGAGGAGUUCUUCCCUAUGUAUAGAAGCUCUGUGUACCGCAAUGGGUCGAACUAUAAGACAUUCAAUAAACGCCAACCUGGGAGAAAGAGAAAGUCACUGAAGGGAGCCCCGACUGACCAAUCUGAAACUUCUGGCAAAUCAGCUCCAAGUAAACCAGGGAGGAAAAGAAUCAAGAAGGACGAGUCAAAAAUGGAUACUCCUAAAAGUCAACCAGCCUCUAAGAGAUCAAGUGGGAAGAAAAACUUAAAAGAAGUCCCAGGACGGCUUCUAGUUACGUUCAGUCCAGGUGCUAUUUUACCCACGAAAGACGAUCUCAUCAAGAUAUAUAGUAAAUUUGGGGUUUUGAUUGAAACAGAAACAGAUAUGUGCUACAACAGUUUAUAUGCUCUCGUGGUCUUUCAAAAGAACUCUAAUGCCGAAGAAGCCCUGAAAAGUUCACAAAAAGAGAAUCCGUUUGGAUCUGCCAAUGCCAGCUUCGAGCUCCAGUGCGAUUCAGCUACUCCCAAGACACAUGGACAUGGUGGUAAUGCAAAUGCUGAAGAUUUUCCUCUUCCCAACCAGCACAGCAACAUGACCCCUAAGAAGCAAUCUGCCUCGCAACCAUCAACAGAAGAAGCAUCUGAACUUGAAUACAUAAAGCUGAAGCUUGAGAAGAUGACAUCAAUGGUGGAUAAGUCCCAUGGAAAGUUGUCGAAAAAGAUGAAGUCCAGUCUAGAGGGCGAGAUAAAGGACCUCUUGGAGAAGGUAAGUUCCUCAGGCAGGUGUUGAACAUUUUAGAUUAGAGAUCGGAUGUAUUGAGUUGUGCAGGCAACCUCAACCUUUUAUGUUGCUUUUAUUGUCUGUUUAGGGAUAUACAAUAGUCAGGUUAUCGAAUGUUGGUUAAAGUAGAUGAUCAGAGUCUUAUAGUCUAAAGUUCCUACAGAAACAUGCGGCUGUUUGUUCAUAAUAGUUGAAUGUCAAUCUCUCUCUCUCUCUCUCUCUC